AUGGUUGCCGACGCCCUCAUCUACCACCCGUCCGUAUCGCACUACAACAAGUUCGUAGCCACCACCGUCGGCCGCGACAAGAUCCUCCGCACCCUCCAGUACUUUGCCCGCUUCUACGCCUGGUACCUCUUCCGCACCAAUGGCUCCAAGGCCGAGAUCGCCCCCUGGGACGCCAUCAAGAAGCAGUUCGGCCUGACCCGCAAGAUCAUGCGCAUCGGCAAAAACGUCGAGCACUUCAAGGCCGCUGCCGUCGCCUCCGACGCAAAGACGAUGGAUCCCGUCCUCCGCUACGCCGCUGUCGGCCGCCAGCUGGGCUACGCCGGCUACCUGACCUUUGACGCCGCCACCGUCCUCGACGCCGCCGGCAUCAGAAAGUGGGAGGGCGCAAAGAGGCUGCAAAAGGAGGCCUACCGCUUCUGGGCCAUUGGCAUCCUCUUCAGCGUCGUCGCCCAGACCUACACCCUCUACCGCCUCCAGCAGCGUGAGGCCAAGGUCGAUAAGAAGGAGGGCGAGGGUGUCGUCGAGGCCAAGAGAAUAGCAAUUGAGCGCGCCGCCGGCCGUCUGCAGCUCAUCUCCGACCUCUGCGACUUGACCGUCCCCACCUCUGCCCUCGCGUGGGCCAACUUCGACGACGGCAUCGUCGGCCUUGCUGGCACCGUUAGCAGUUUGAUUGGCGUGUAUACCCAGUGGAAGAAGACGGCAUAA